CGAACCGCCAUAAUCACUGGUAAACGAAGAACUGAAUAGAGGAGACGGAGGAGCACUGAAGAAGACGAAAAUGGUAGGCGGAAGCGGCGGUGGAAGAGGAGGAGGAGCAUCGGCUGAUCUUCACUCCGCGGCAAGAUCUGGUGAUUUAGCAGCAGUUCAAUCUAUACUCAGCUCUAAUCCUUUGGCUGUUAAUUCUAGGGAUAAGCAUUCUCGGACUCCACUGCACUUAGCAGCAUGGGCAGGGCACAAUGAGGUCGUGAGCUACUUAUGCAAGAACAAAGCUGAUGUUGGUGCUGCAGCAGGAGAUGACAUGGGUGCAAUUCACUUUGCUUCCCAAAAGGGGCAUUUGGAAGUUGUGAGAACUCUAUUAUCUGCUGGUGGUUCUGUGAAAUCUAUCACUCGCAAGGGACUCACACCUCUUCACUAUGCUGCUCAAGGUUCUCACUUUGAAAUUGUCAAGUACUUGGUUAAGAAAGGAGCGAAUGUCAGAGCUACUACAAAGGCCGGGAAGAAUCCAGCAGAUGUUGCGGGUAAUGCAGAAACCCAAAACUUCCUUGAAGAAUGUGAAGAGCAAGCAAGGAAAGCUAAGGUGAACAAUGAGAAAAAGACAGAAGAAGUGAAACCAGCAAGUUGUAGCAAUGAAGGAGAUAUCAAGGAUCUGAAAAGAAAGGAAUCUGAGGAUGGAAACCAGGGUGAGAAAGAAGAAGCUUCUGCGGUAUCGAAAAAGCCAAAAGUUGCUCUUUCGCAUCUUCAGGACACUGACGACACAGAAGCUGAUCAAGAAGAAGAAACCUAGGAACCAAACAAUGUUACUUCUUCUAGUCCAUCAGAAGUAUCUACUUAACAAGAGUUGUAAGAUCCAUCCUUAAGAUAAGCCAGAUUUCACCAAAACUUUUGUUUGUUUCUGAGAUCCGUAAUAGUUUGUAGAAGAAUCCAUCAGUUUCCAUGACAGUUGGUAAGACAGAUUGUUUUUAGCUGUUAAAUCAAUCCUCCGACUUUAAAGCUGUUUCUCUGUA